AAAAAAAACUGUCCUGGUGACCUACUGACCUAAAAACAAUGUAUGAUUCACUUGCUUUAAAUCCAUCUGGGAUUUCGUUCGUUGCACGUCUUCCAUGUUUCACAACAUAGUGAAUAACAAAUAGCAGGUAACCAAGUGACUCUUUCUGUUGCCUAAUGAUGGCAAACGACCAAAAAAGAAGAAGAAGAAAAAAAAAAGAGAAGUCAAGUGUUUGAGGCUAGUAUUCCACAUACACAUACAUAUAUUAAAAAAGUGAAUAAAUAUUAAGACACUGAUGUGCAAGUAUUUCAAUCCACUCUAGGCGGUCAAGAGUUGUGACACAUGCAUAGAAAAGUACUUACAAAGACCUGAUAGACUUGAUAAGGCUUCAGGCAAUACUGACUAAUAUUUAACCAAAUUUGUCUCAGUCACUCUCCCAACAAAUAAUCAGUGUUUGUAUCUAGAAGCGUGGCUGUAAACCCAGCUAAAAUGCUGAAACAGUAUUCUGUUGCUCGCUAUUACAGGAGGUGGUUUCAUGCAGACAACUUCCUGUUAGUACCAGCCUUGCUGGCUGCUUUGGUUUCAUUUACACGGAAACAGCAACCUAAAGGGAGUUACCUCUGCUCCUACACAAACAAAGAGCUCAGACACAUGACAGCAACAGACUAACGCAGGAUGUUGAAGACAGGAAGAAUCACGAGCUGCUGUGUGGCUCUCCUCCUGACCCUAACCUCUGUGUUAGCUGGAAAACGGGCACUGAAUUCAAUCAGUGAUCUAAAGUCAAUCGACUUUGGACAAACGGUGCCCAAACACAGCCUCCUGUUGCUCCACUGGUUUGCUAAUGAAAUUGACAUCGACAACAACAACAUCAUCCUGCUGACCUUUGAGCCAAAUAGUGGAGAAUUCGGCUCACAUCAUUACGGAAACUACGAGAGGGUGUUAGACCCACUGCCGAGGGGAUACCGAUACUACACUGUUGGCAACAUCAAUCAACAAACAUCGCUGCCAAUGCCAUAUUAUGUCAUCCACCCACGGGCGGAGUACCCCGCGAGAAACAGGGACAGGAUCAUAUUCAGGGUCAGAGAGCAGAACGUGGGACGCCAAACUUCACAAAGGAUCGAUCAAGUGUAUAUCACACAGCAUUAUGAGCAAUCUGAAAAUCAGGGCACGAGGUAUAAUCCAGAGCAUACAUAUCAGGUGACUACCAAUCUGCUGACGGAGAUCAGAGAGUUUUCUGUGGAAGAAAAUGACAUGAGCUCACUGACGUAUCUCAGAGACCGCUUUGGAAGCAGUGCUGAUGAUUCCCAACUAUGGCAGAUAAGAAACACAUGGGGUGAGCUUGCUUGUCUUGGGCUGUUUUUGUUUAUUGUGAUCCAGGAGAAAUAUUCCACUCACAAACGCAACAACAGACCUCAGCCAGCACCAAGAAGGAACACACAAACUGAUUUUGUGAUCAAUAUCCCAGAGAGCAGGCAUAAUAAUCCUGUUGGAAUGUUUGCACAAAUUCAAGUGGAUCAUAGAGAUGAGAUAAGACUGAAGGUGACAACUGGAAAAAGGGGAAAUGCCAGAAUUAUUUGGAGCGAUGUUCCUAGACAUCUUGUUAAAGAAGGUGUGAUGGUGGCACUUUACAAGAAUGAUCAGGAAGAGGACGCUCUCACUUAUAAAUCUAUUGGGAACAGAGAGUCGGGCAUUUGUGAUACAUCAGUACCCCUGAAUGAAGGCCUUCAAGCACGACUGCAUGAGGUCAGGACUGUAUGUUGCUUCUGGAAAUCAUUAGGAGAUGAGAUAGACAGAGGCAGUGAGUUUAAAAACCCCAGGGCUGUGAAAAUACCAGGUUAUGAUGCUAACCUGCAACUCUUUGCAAAAGACGGCAAGGCUUGCGCUCGCUUAAUAGUGAAUGAGUCUUUCCAUAACUGGACGUCUGAAUUUAAAAAGGCGUGGGUAGGCUUCUAUAGUUCUGAAAAUAAAGCCACAAAAAACCAUGAAUGGUGGCAGUGGCAGUGGGCAACAAAAUUCAAAGAAAACACUGAUUUUCAGGACAUGUUUUAUGAUGUGUAUGAGUACGAGUCAGGUAUGACAAUCGCCCCAGGAGUGCAAGCACGCUUCAUUAUGCAGGAUGAAAUUGAGAAAGCAAGAACCUCACCCUGGGGGGAAUAAAGAUAUUGAAACAAAAUUUAAGAUAGAUAUAUUAAAUUAACCUGUACAUACGCCCUUUCAAAUAAUAGCUGAAUGAUUUUUAUUAAAUAAAAAAAGGCAAAAUAAGAUACCAGACUAGUGAUGUCCGUACUGUAUACUUAAAGGUAGAUUUUUAGUAAAAACAAUCAUAUAGUAGUAGAUGUAAAGGUAUUUCAGGUCCUUCAUCUCUAUGCUGUCUUCUGCUGAAAACAGACAUGAGCCUGUAAGAGCUCACUGCAGAGAUACUGGUACUAAUGUGCUGUACUUCAUGUGGUCAGACGUUUUUGUAAAGCAGUGAUGAACUGGGUUUGAGUCAAUCAGAAACAAUGUAUUCACCAGCCCAUAAUCACAGAGCAGUGUUAAAUGUCCAUUUAUGGAAAAAGGAAGAAAUCCAUGGGAUCAGUGUUAAUUUUUUAUAUGUAUGUACUAAGGUUUGACUCUUAAGGGUUCAAGCUAAAAUCCUGCAGACCUCGCCUAUACGGAGACAUGCCGCAGACUGGCCUGGAUAUCACCUGCUGGGAUUAAAGGUCCUGGUGUGUAAAUGCAUUUUAAAAAAAAACUGUACAAAGUCUUCUGUAACGGCCUUAUCGUUCAUGAUAAAGUGCUGCCCUGCAAAGGCUUUUCAAUGCUCCAGCAUAUCUAGUCAAACAAGCCGCACCUCUGUCUCAGCUGUUUGCACAAGAUUGCAAAAUAUGAAUUGCCUGAAUGAAUAAAUGUCAUGUGUGUUAAGCUGUAAGUGGGUCUAAAGUUUAAUGAAGAACAUCCUGUGAAAAAGA